UUCCUCUCUUUUUUUUCCUCAGCUCAGACAGAACACGCUUUUUUCUCUAUUUUUCUCCAUUUCGAGAUAAAACAAAGGAAUCGAAUCUACCAAAAGAGAAGAACCAAAAAAAAAGCAAUGGCGGAUCAACUCACCGAUGAUCAGAUCUCUGAGUUUAAGGAAGCUUUCAGCUUAUUCGACAAGGAUGGUGAUGGUUGCAUUACCACCAAGGAGCUGGGUACUGUGAUGCGUUCUCUUGGACAAAACCCAACCGAAGCAGAGCUUCAAGACAUGAUCAAUGAAGUGGACGCUGAUGGUAACGGUACCAUUGACUUCCCAGAGUUCUUGAACCUCAUGGCCCGUAAGAUGAAGGACACUGACUCCGAGGAAGAGCUCAAGGAAGCAUUCCGGGUCUUUGACAAGGACCAGAACGGUUUCAUCUCAGCUGCUGAGCUUCGUCAUGUGAUGACAAACCUUGGCGAGAAGCUUACUGAUGAAGAGGUUGAUGAGAUGAUCAAGGAAGCUGAUGUUGAUGGUGAUGGUCAGAUUAACUAUGAAGAGUUUGUCAAGGUCAUGAUGGCUAAGUGAUGUGGUUUUUGAACCAACCAAAACAUGGUUUACAUCUCUCUCUCUCUUACAUAUAAUUCUUAUGUUAUGUUAUAAAACAAGAUUCUAUUCAUGGGACUCAAUGUCUGUUUUUCUGGUUGUUUAAGACGCGAAUGUUAUAUCCCUUUUAUGCUCUAUUUUGCGUCUCAACAUGUCUCAAGUCUUGUUUCUAUUUUUGUUGUCUUUGCUCUUUGUAAGUUGUAACUUCGUUUAGUUCGUGGUUUUCAAUUAAUGGUCUCUAGUAAAGCAUUGUAUCA